AUGGCAAACCCACGCCAACAGACUCGCAUCGCCGGCAGCGGCACAGCAACACCCACCGCAACCUCAGGUUCGCAAACAAUCCUCCAAACAGACUCGUCAGGCCCCUCAAUACCCUCAGCAACCCUCCGCCUGCGCGCCGAACCCGAACCUCAAAGAAGAAUCCAGUGGGCAGAAGACGUGAUUGACAACGAGGGAAUGGGCAAGAAGAGCAGCAAGGUGUGCUGUAUUUACCAUAAACCCCAUGAGCCGGGUGACUCGGACUCUGAGAGCGAUUCGAGCAGCAGUGACGACAGUGAUUCGGAGCCGGAUUUGAGCAGAGCGCAGAGAGCGGGCGGGAGUGGCAAAAGAGGGCGGAAGGGGGAUGAGAAGGGAAGUGAUAGGGGAAAGGACAGGAAGCCCAGUCCGAAUGCUUAUGAGCGGCAGCCAAAGUACAAAGGGAAAGGAAAAGAGACGUGA